CACGCUAAUCUGUUCGUAGUCAUGCCUACUAUGUUCUGUUGUGCUGAAGCAAAGCAAGAAUUUCAUUGUCCUAUCAGGGACACAUGACAAUAAACUCUCUUGAAUCUUGAGGUUGCAAGUGAGAAUUUAAUUGUUCAGUCUGGGACAUAAAACUCUUGGCUUGAGUUACUUGUGUAGUGUUGCAGAGUGAAGAUCGCAAAGAGUCAAUGGUUAGUUGACACGUGCUGCAAGUAAGAAUUUCAUUGUUCUGUCUGGGACAUAAACCACUCUUGUGUUGAGUUAGCUGAAGAGUGAAGAUUGCAAAGAGUUAAAGGUUUGUUGACAAGGCGAGGGUGGCGCGCCGCGCGUGCGCAGUGGCGCCGCCCGGGGCUAGAAACGCCGGGUUGGGGCGGACGGCGAGUCAGUCGCGUUGGAGCGCGGGUGCGGCGCGGAGCCCAGCCCGAGGGUAGUAGCUGCAGCUGGCCGCCUUCACUCCCACUUAAACCGCAGCGAGAGGGAUCUGCGGAACACACUUCAAAAAAAGAGUUUACAUUUACGGAGCACUGCUGACGAGGAUGCGACUGACCGCGUCCGGGGCUCUCUAGAUGGCUUUGGUGACGGUGCAGCGGUCGCCGACGCCAAGCACCACCUCCAGCCCUUGUGUCUCGGAGGCAGACAGCGUAGACGAAGAACGCAGAUCCCAACCACGAAGUAUAAGCGAGAGCUUCUUGACUGUAAAAGGUGCGGCGUUAUUCCUGCCUCGAGGAAAUGGCUCGACUGCAUCUCGCAUCAAUCAUCGGCGCAAUAAACAUGCGGGUGAUCUCCAACAGCACCUGCAGGCAAUGUUCACACUUCUUAGACCUGAAGACAACAUUCGACUGGCUGUCCGGUUGGAAAGUGUGUAUAUGGACCUGACUAGAUACAUGGUCGUGGUUUCUACAAACGGCAGACAAGACACGGACGAGAGUAUUGUUUUAGGGAUGGACUUUUAUAAAGAUGGCAGCAGUUGCACCAUGGGGCUGGUUCUUCCACUAUGGAGUGACACACUGAUCCACUUGGAUGGGGAUGGUGGGUUCAGUGUGUCAACGGUGAACAGAAUUCACAUCUUCAAACCAGUGUCCGUACAAGCAAUGUGGUCUGCUUUACAGAGUUUGCACAAAGCCUGUGAGGUUGCCAGGACCCACAACUACUACCCCGGGAGCCUGUACCUGACAUGGAUCAGUUACUAUGAGAAUCGCAUCAAUUCCAACCAGACUUUCAUUAACGAGUGGAAUGCCAUGCAGGACCUGCAGUCUCAUCGCCCCGAUUCACCCGUGCUCUUUACUGACAUACCAACAGAGCGGGAACUGACUGAGAGGCAGAUCAAGUCUAAACUGCGGGAAAUUAUGAUGCAAAGGGAUUUGGAAAAUGUUACAUCAAAAGAAAUUCGCACGGAACUGGAGAUGCAGAUGGUCUGUAACUUGAGAGAAUUUAAGGAGUACAUUGAUAAUGAGAUGGUUGUAAUCUUGAGGCAGAUGGACAACCCAACGGAGAUAUUUGAACAUGUCUACCUGGGCUCGGAAUGGAACGCAUCCAAUUUAGAAGACUUGCAGAACAGAGGAAUCCGGUACAUCUUAAACAUUACCCGUGAAAUUGAUAACUUUUUCCCGGGCAUGUUUGAAUACCACAAUAUAAGGGUGUAUGAUGAGGAGGUGACAGAUCUGCUUGCGUAUUGGAAUGAUACGUACAAGUUCAUCACCAGAGCAAGAAAUAAUGGAUCUAAGUGUCUAGUUCACUGCAAGAUGGGCAUCAGUAGGUCUGCAUCCACAGUGAUUGCUUAUGCAAUGAAAGAGUACGGCUGGAACUUGGACGAAGCUUACACUUAUGUGAAGGAGAAGCGAGCAGUUACUAAACCCAAUAGUGGCUUCAUGAGACAACUGGAAGAGUACCAGGGCAUCCUGCUGGCUAGCAAACAGAGGCACAAUAAGCUUUGGCGCUCCCAUUCUGACAGCGACCUCUCUGACCACCGCAUCAAUAAAUCUACCGUCAACUUGAACAGGAGGGACAGCACUUCAACUACUGAGAUGUCAACUGACCCACUUGCAGAACAUUUAUAUGACCACCAAUUCCUGAAUGUCCCUAGUGCAGUCUCACCCAGAGUUAAUGAGGAAAUGAGAGAAUUCAAUUUCCGUAUUAAUGCAAAACAUGAAAAGCCUACAGACUGUAACGCAGAUCCCUUGCAGAACCGAGUGUCUUCCGCACCCAUGCCAAUGGCGGCUGCUUCUAGCAGUACCGCUAAUGAUGUCAGUUGCACAUCUGAUAUAAUUCCUCUUCAAAACUGUCACUCUGACAAGCCAGCUUCACCGCAACAGGAACUAACGUCUUCAACUGAGCAGCCCGUGAUAUUGGCCGCCUUGGGCAGUGAAUUAAAAGGAGAAGAUAGUUUAAGCUCCAACUGCAUUUCAUUGCCAUUACCUGAAGCUGCUGCCCCAGUGCAAGAUCACACAGCUUCCCCAGAGUUGCCCCUUCCCGACUCCGCACCCAGCGGAGAUGCAGCAAUCUGUAGCGGCAAUGCCGAUCGAAUUGACUUCUUCAGUGCCAGAGAAAAAUUCAUUGAACUUUCACAGGAGAGUGGGGUGCGAGUCCAGCCGCACGUGAAAACUGACGAACCCGGAGGAUGCAAGCCAUGUGCCGUGAGAGCGGCUGCUGCCCCAGACACCCUGCACAAAGAGCAGCACCUUGAGAAUGGUCUGGGCCCAAUGUCCAUGGACAGUCUUCCCCACGCACGAGACAGCGAUGGGAAACCUACUGAGGAAAAUCUGGCAUCCUUAUCUUUCAGCAAGAAGUCUUCCUUAACCAGGUCCCAGUCUUUAAAUGUCAUUUCUGUGAAAGAAAUAGUGACGGGGAUAGAGUCCAACCAGAAUACUGGUGUGUUGCAGACAAAGGCAGAGAAUGUCACCAGUGUCCAGAGCCAAAUGCCAAAGAGGAAUACAGUUCAUGAACUAUCUGCAGAUUUCCACUGGCCUUCUGAAAACGGCAUUGCUGCAAACAAAAUUGGUGCAAGCAAGUCUUUAGUUGACGACGGUGAGGUCAAGCAAAAUGGCGGUCUUUGGGUAAACGUACCUGUCGAGAGCUGUGAUGAUUGCCAGGGGGCAACUUUGGAGAAGUCUGGGCAGGAUGAGCUCUUGGGCCACCAGCAGGUUGCUAAAUGGUGCCCUGGGUCAGUGAGACGUGCGACCAAGGAGUUUGAGGAGCGACUGAAGCAAGAGCACGAACAACAGCCGUGUGUGGCCACAGCGUUGCCCACGCGCAAACCUUCUCGUGCCGACGGGGACGCGGCUGGUGACGCCGCGGUGACCAGCAAGAGCGGCGAGGUCUCUCCUGAAGCCUGCUUGUUGCCGGAUAGAGAACAGGGAAGUAUCACUAUCGGAUGCAAUGAGCUUCUGAAUCCAGAACCAGCCCCGGAGAUGCUGUCCAAUGUGAUCGGGCUCCCACUGCAACCCAAAGUAGACCAAUUGCAGACUGCGCCUGGCUCUGUGAGCGCUGUAGAACACAGGGUGGUCCAUGCUUUUGAAACUUUAGAGGGUUUUGAUUCAUACGCCCAGCUUCCGAAGAAAAUUGAGAUAAUUGAAUAUACCCAUAUAUUUAAAUCAGCAACUCCGCAAGUAGGCAUGGAUGAUAAGAGAGACGAAAAGAUGAAGCGUGAAUCUCCAGCAACAGAAAGUGACCUUGCCAUACUUUCUAUCACUGAAGAUGAAUCUCCAGCCAAGGAAAAUGAAGAUACCAGCAAGUCUCCCGGCGAUCUACAGAUGGUAGAGGUUCCUUCCACCGAUGCUCAGCCACAGCCGCAUCUCUGGCCAUUAUUGGAUCCUGCAGGUUUAGCCCCACAAGACAGUGCAGAAAGUGAAGCCAUGACCUUGCCGAUUGCUAGUCCUUUGGGUGAGAUAACCCACGUCCCAUCAGAAUGUGAGGUUGCUGCAUUUGACCAUCACAGUGCCCACUUGCCAGUAGACGGAUGCCCAACCCCAGUCCUCCACCUGGGAGGUGUCACCCUGUCAAGUACGGAUACCGACGCAGAAAUCCCUGAUGAGGAAACUUGCCAUUUGGAGCUUCAAGAUGUCAGCCAAGGAAUGGCACGUUUACAAAGCACAGAUGUCGGCUGCACAAUACUCACCCCUGACGAUUUAGAACGCAGCUUCAGCAGGUUUGACCAGAGUGUCCGAGAGAUGCAGAAGAUGCUAAGUUUCUCGUACCUUGAUCACAAUCUUCCGCACCGCUGCAGCAAUGACAGUCUAAACCACCUGAGUGGUCCCCUGGCGUGUGGGAGCCAGCAGGCGGAGGAGAUUGGAGCAAAGAUAAGACGAGCUGGUCUCACGACACCGUCUCAGAUGAAGCGGUCAGCAUCGAUCGCCAAGCUGGGUUGCCUCGAACUCUCCACGGAUGAGUUAUGCAAGACCAUGGAUCCGACCACGGCACUCCAAGCACUUUGUGAUUGCGGGCAAGACCCAGCGUGGACUGUGGGAAGGACAGGGGAGGUGAGAACGGGGUGCGCUGGGGAAGAGGAGCCCAACAAAAAGAAGUGUGUUUCCCUCUCCGUCCUCCACGACGGGCAGACGGAGCAAGGUGAAAGAUCUGAGAGCAAAGCUGCGGAGAAUCCUCCAAUACAACAUGCCAAAGACAGCGAGCCUGCCCCUCAUGGUUUAGUGAGAGCAAGGCCCAACCUUUCCCAGCUGGAGCCUUCUGACACAGACCCACCUUGUCUCACAUCAUUGACACCCUCAAAGCCUCAUCACAACCAUCACAGAAAUCAUCCGUUAAAGCAAAUCAAAUCAGCCGGUGGGAGGAAGUGGACUGCAAGUCCUCUGUAUAACACCAUGUAACUCUUGUCGGUUUCUGGACAAGAGGCAGAUGGGUUUAUUCAGAAGGAACAUGCACUUUACAAUUUGUUUUCUAUAUGUGAAAUGCGUGUUUUAUUUUGUGACGACUGCAUGUGAACCUUGGGCUUUCUGUAGUUGGUUUUGAUUUGAAAUUGUCCUGUUUAAACCCAUUGUUAAAGAGCGCACCAACCAACACAGAUCAAGUUUGUGAUUCACAAGCCCCCUCGAAACCAAAAUCAGGGAAACGCUGCUCUUUGUGAAACAUUUCAUAUUGUACAAACUUAACGUCACUUUUGUAACUUUUGCAUUGCUUACCGUUCAUAAUGUGUUUGGACUGAAUUCCCUGAUGCCCGUCAGAAGGAAAACAUGAGUGCAGCUGAUCCUUCGGCCCAUGCCAUUCUCUCGCUUGUCGUGCAGGGAAUGAUGGAAGGCACCAACGCACGCACGCACGCCACAUACACACACACACACACACGCACACGCACACACACACACACACACGCACGCACGCACACACACACACACGCACACACGCACGCACACACACACACACACACACACACACACACACACACACACACACACACACACACAUUGCGCAAGGUCACCUCCAUUACCGAUCUAUUCCCUGCUGGCUGGCUUUCACACACACUGUUGGAUGCAUCAUUUUAACCUACGCAACGUGCUGAAAAUGUUCAGAGUGAAAUUGGUUUACAUAUGUUUUGUCAGUUUGUAUUUUCCCUGUAAGAUGGUCUGCUUUCAGGGUGAAUGUGAAUUAUUACUUGAACUCUGCACUGAGCGAUUCCUCAGCCCCUCCAUAUCAGUGUCUGGAGGAGUCCUCCUUGCAACUGGCAUCUGCUCUUUAUUACUCUGUGUACCCUGUCUGGUUUGCAGGCAGACGUAAAUGCACCUGAACCAUAACGGAGUCACUUUUCAAAAGUGCUAUAUCCUUCAAAGAUGCUCCCUUUUCAUUCAUUUUAUAAAUUGCUGAUUUGGAUUUAUUUUUUUUGCAUUUUUGUUAAAAGACGUUUGUUCCUGUUUAAUAAAACAACUUUCCCCUCUUUCCUGCUCCUUCCCACUUCUUGCUUGAAAGAACAAUUUGAUAAAGACUAAAUUAUUUAAUUUAACUGGAAUUAUCUUUGUUCCAGCCUAAUAAAAUUCAACAGGUGGUUUCCCCUCUUCUCUCCCCACCCUUUUCUUGCUUGAGAGCACACUUUGAUACGGAUUAAAUGAUUACAUGAAACUGGAAUUAAUUGCAAUCUGCUAUCUAUUUCAAUGUGGUGGGUUGUCAGGAUCGCCCGCCAUCCUCGUAUCUGCACACCUCCGUGCCGUGAAGAAUAAUAUCGGUGAUACCCAAACUCCAGGUUGUACUGGAAACUUGUGGCCAACAAGCUGAAGAUGUCAGUAAUAUUCUUGUAAUUAUUUUCUCUCCCGUCAUUCUCACCGUAGCUCGUGGACGUUCUCUGCCAUAUCCAGAGUGCACAGUUCUUUGAAUAACUGCAAGGAUUUUUGUGCUGUGUGUGUGUGUGUGUGAGAACAAACGCCUGGUUUUAAAACGGUGACACCCAAACUAUACCGGACAUCUGUUGCUGUUAGGAAUGUGGUCUGGGUUAGCUGGAAAUAAGCAUCUUUUUUACAAAUUGAACAGUAAACUACUGGCACUGACCAAGCAGAAAUGUUGUUAUAAGAUUCAGCAAAUGGUCAUCAUCAUGAGAAAUGAUUAUUAUGGGGGGGAAAUGGAAAAGUCUAAAACAAGAUUUGGAACAUUAAUUAAGAAUAUAUUUGCUAUAGUCAUAGUCUAAAUUAUAAAGUAGAAUUUCACAUUGUUAUUAUAACUAGUGUUCUUGUCUAGUCCCGUGAAAUUGUAUUUGGGCAAAUGGGCAAUUCAUACAUUUCUUAAACAUGCAAAAAGAUUCUCCCCGUCCAACUUCCCAUGUCUAGAAACACUACUGCAACUUUCUUGGAGGAACAGUGCUGGGUUCAAUCUCUUCCCACUGUAUAGGGCAGGUUUAUAGUGCUCUCAUCACUCCCUGUGUCUCUGUAGUGCGAGUGUGGAUUCCUGUAUCCCUUAUUCUCCCUGCCCCAGUCCUCUGCUGCUUUAAUGUGUACGAAGGAACUGCAGAUGCUGGUUAAAACUGAAGAUGGACACAAAACGCUGGAGUAACAGCGGGUCAGGCAGCAUCUCUGGAGAGGAGGAGUGAUGAGAGAUGCUACCUAUCCCGCUGUGUUACUCCAGCUUUCUGUGUCUAUCGCUGCUGUUGUAACAUGCUGAGCCUUGUAACCUUAUUCACACCCGCCUGUUGGUCUGUUUAGGCUGCUGGUCUGUUUGACUUCACAAUCCCUGCAGUUAGGAAACUAAAAAAAAAAUAGCUGGGAUGUUCAGGAUUGGGCUGUUCCGGAUUGGAAUUGCUGUAGGCCUUAAUUCAGUUGUAACCUUCAAAAACAUAGCCUCAAUGUAUACGAUAUGAUUUUUAAUAAAAUCACCAUCUGCCCAUGCCUGUAGCAAUACUGCAUUGUCCACUUUUCAUUUAAUGACCGCCCCUAUUGUAAAUUGUUCAGGAUUGGGCUGUAACGUUUGAAUUCCUGUACGUCCUAGUUCAGUCGUAACUUUCAAGAACGUAGCUGGGAUGUUCACGAUAAGCUUUGUAUGUAAGAUCUCCCCGUGCCUGUAGUAAUAUUGCAUUGCCCACUGUCCAUUUAACCGACGCCCCCCCAUUGUAAAUAAAAGGGAGAGUUGACGACUUUGUGUAUCUUGCCUGGAACAUGUGAAAUAGUGUAGCUGACGGGCUAGGCGGGAAACCAUUAAACAUAGAUGUCACCAGUCUCUGGACCUCUGCUGUUGCAAAGUUACUUUUGAAGCCACUGCUGUUAACAACUUUGAAAGGGCAUUUUUGUACAAAGUGAGUCUUUUAUAACUGGGAUCAUUAUUGUUUACAUUGUGAAUAUUUGAGCUGUACAUUUUCUGAAUUUGUAGAUGCAGCCAGUGUGCUCCUGCCUUGGCAUUCGCUUUUCAUUCAUUGGUUUGUAAUUGUCAAACUGAUUUUUACACUUUUUUUAAAACCAAUGUACAUUACGUGACUGCAUGUGUCAUAUGGGG